UUUUACAUCUACGGACCACAAGACCACUUGUGAGAAAAAUUGAUGGGAAAAACCUAAGUACUGUCUCUAUUCAUCCAGACGGCUAAUCUUGCGAGUUACAAGUGUCAGCCGCAGAUUGUGGCUAAUCGAUCAUGAUCGCUCUCUAACUGUUUGUAUAAAUACCCAACUGAGAUGCCACCACUUCUUCACAUCCUAAGCUCUCAAGUAUCUGAAGCAUAGAGAGAAAAAGAGCAUUCAUUUUUUAGUUUUCGAUAACAGAAAGAAAAAAAAGAUGGAGUUGAUUCCAGGUCUACCUGAAGAAAUCGGUCUUGAGUGCUUGACUCGGUUGCCUUACACGGCACACCAAGUCGCCACCCAAGUUUGCAGUCGGUGGCGAGAGCUGCUCGAAAGCCCAGCAUUUUACCAACUGAGGAAACAUAGUGGGAAUACCCACAAGGUGGCUUGCUUGGUUCAGUCUCUUCCUGCCGUCAGCGACGGCCGGAAACCGACUGGGCCGCCACCUUAUAGGAUUGCCGUGUUCGAUCCGGUGAGUCGGAAUUGGGAGCGAUUGGAAGCUAUUCCAAGUUACCCAGAUGGGCUGCCGAUAUUUUGUCGAGUAUCGAGCGUGGAGGGGAAAUUGGUCGUCAUGGGUGGAUGGGACCCGGCGAGUUGGGACCCAGUGAAGGAUGUGUUCGUCUUUGAUUUCACAACUCGGAAAUGGAGAAGAGGGAAAGAUAUGCCUUCGAAGAGGUCUUUCUUCGCGGCAGGGGCGGUGGAAGGAAGGGUGUUCGUGGCCGGCGGCCAUGAUGAGAGCAAGAAUGCGUUGAGGUCGGCGUGGGCGUAUGAUGUGAGACGGGACGAGUGGGAGGAGUUGUGUUCGAUGAGGGAAGAGAGAGAUGAGUGUGAGGGUCUGGUGGUGGGGAACGAGUUUUGGGUAGUGAGUGGGUAUGGAACAGAGCAUCAGGGGAGGUUUGAGAAGAGCGCAGAGGUUUAUGAACUCGGAUUGAAUCGGUGGCGCUUAGUGGAGGAGGCUUGGGUGGGGGAUCGGUGUCCCAGGGGAUGUGUUGAUUUGGGUAGAGAUGGGAAAUUGAUUUGCUGGGCUGACGCGAAUGUUGCUGUUGGAGCAGGGGCGUGUGCGGUGGGGUUGGGAGAGAAGACUCUGGUGGCUGGGUCGUCUCAACUUGGUGCUACCCAGGGGUUGUUCUUGGUGGAGAAUGGAGGGCAAAAUGGUAAAUUUGAGAAGAUUGAUGUACCUGAUCAGUUUUCUGGAUUUAUUCACUCAGGUUGUUGUGUUGAGAUUUAAGAGUUUAACCACACUUGUGAAGCUCUGUUUUUACUCUCUCUCUCUCUCUCUCUCUCUCUAGCUUAGGUGGUUGUGUGGAGAUUAUGUUUUUUACAUUUUAAUCAUCUCUCUCUCUCUCUCUCUCUCUCUCUCUCUCAAGUGGUUGUGUGGAGAUUUAGGAGUCUACCCACACUUGUGAGGUGUCCCCUACCUCUCUCUCUCUCAAACUGUAAAAGUGUAGGAUGGUAAAGAUAGUAUUAAAGAUAUUUCAGAGAAGACUUUUGAAAUCUGGCUUGAUGU